UCUUUCUAUUGUCUGUAAUCGAUUUCGCUUCGCAAAGAAACAUCUAAUCGUCUUCGUCUCUCUGUUUUGUCAAUCCAAGUUCGCUUGAUUCAAUUCCAAUGGAAACUCCAUCAUCAGCAAGAAGGGUCACAAGAUCACAGACCAUCGCUACCCAGAAUGGAAAUAAUAUUCCAAUUUUGAAUUUUGAAAAGGGUUUAUCGAAUUCGAGGCAAAGAAAGGGAAAGCAACAAGAUCGGUCUGUGCUGGUUGAUAUAACCAACGAUUCUCCGAUUGUUGGGGUUGCAGUGGGAAAGUUGGAGACUCCAUUGUCGUCCAUGGCGAAACAAGCCAAGAACACUCCAGGGUCCGGUGAGGCCUUGCUUCGGGGUCAAGUCAAGACCCUUUUGCAGAAAGUUGAAGAGGAAGCCGAGCUUUCGAAACUCACUCUUGAGAGCCGCCCUUUUGUUCAUCUCAAGGGACUUGUGUAUUCACCAGCGGGACUUCUCGCCCCUACACCUGCUAACACACCACAAAUCUCAAAUUUCUCUGGGGAAGAAGUUAGUAUGAACAACAACAAUGGUUUGUCUUCUGAGGCUCCAUCUCCGAUUGUAGAAGAGCAAUUGGCUUUCCAGGUUGGAGAUGAUAAGCCAGAGGAAAGUCUUGAAAUGCAAAAGAGCAUCAUCACACGAUCUCUACUCCUAGAUUUCUCUGAGAAAUCGGACAGCUGUGACUCUGUGGUGACAUACCAAGGAGAUGAGACAGAGAGCAAAGAAAAAUCAACCCCAGAUGAUGAUAGCUCUUCCAUCUGGUCUACUCAGGUUAAUGCUAGUACUCUAGGGGAGGAUGAUGAUGAAGAAGAGGAAGAGGAUUUUGAGGAAGAUGAAGAAGAAGACUAUGAUUUCGAAGAAGGUUACGAGUAUGGAGAAGAGGAGCAGAACGAGUUGGUUGAUGAACUGUGUGAUUGUAUCAGUAAGAUUUCCAUGAAUGAGAAGAAAACGCUGCCUAAGUUUGCAGGGAAACACACAAAGUUUGUGUACGAUAGCGAUGACGACAAUUGUAUCGUCAAAGUGGAAGAGACCUGUGUGGAUUUGGCUGAUGGAGCUUCUUCUUCACCAAGCAUUGUGAAGUUAAAUGGCCUGCCAACUCCUAAAGGGAAGCACCUUCGCUUUCUUGAGGUAGAGAAGGAGAUGACUGAGAAAUGAGUUGUACUGUUUGGUGGUUUUCUUUUUAUUUUAGUGACUUGUUUUGUCAUUUUUUCGGUGAUUCUUAUGAUUGGGGGGUUCAGAUAUUUGAAGCCACAAAAUUUGUGGUUGAAUGAUUGUUUUAAAAUAACACAUUUGAUCAAUGAAAGCUUCUCAUUUGCACUA